AUGGACAGCAAAACUCCCGUGCCCAGCAUAGGAGACAACUACGAUGGCCUCGAUGAGAAGCAGGAGGAUAGGCCAGCAGACGAGAAGCGAGAGGAGACGACCGUCGACUCGCCGGUUCCGAAUGAAGAGCUGGCCGACGACGAAUACCCUUCGGGGAUCAAGAUGUUCUUCAUCGUGCUCGCUCUGGUGCUGAGCGUCUUUCUCCUGAGUCUCGAUAUGACAAUCGUGGCAACCGCCAUUCCCAAGAUCACCGACGAAUUCAAGGGCCUCGACAAGGCCGGCUGGUAUGGUGCCGCCUUCUUCAUGACCGUCGGCGCGUUUCAAUCGACAUGGGGCAAGGCGUACAAGUACUUUCCGCUCAAGGCCACCUUCCUCACCUCCAUCAUCAUCUUCGAGCUCGGCUCCGUCAUCUGCGGCGCCGCCCCCAACGCCGAGGCCCUCAUCACCGGCCGAGCCAUCGCUGGUCUCGGUGCUGCGGGCAUCGGCGCCGGUGCCUACACCAUCAUUGCCUUUUCCGCGCCGCCCAAGAAGCGCCCUGCUUUCACGGGCAUCAUCGGAGCUUCCUAUGGUUUCGCCAGCGUCAUCGGACCGCUGCUGGGAGGAGCGUUCACCGACCACGUCAGCUGGCGAUGGUGUUUCUACAUCAACUUGCCCAUCGGCGGUGUCUCGGCAGCCAUCAUCUUCGUCUUCUUCCAGACCCCUCGAAAUGCGGUCCCCGUCAAGGCGACUAUGCUUGAGAAGAUCCGGCAGAUGGAUCCCCUCGGUGUGAUCCUGAUGAUGGGAGCCACCAUCAGCUUCAUCCUGGCCGUCCAGUAUGGUGGCAUCGCGCACCCCUGGGACUCCUCCGUCGUCAUUGGCCUGCUGGUCGGCUUCGUCCUCAUCAUCGGUGCCUGGGCGUUCGUGCAGUGGUACCAGGGCGACUACUCCAUGGUGCCUCCCAAGUUGUUCGCCAAGCGCACCAACCUCGUCAUGUCUCUCGUUGCUUUCAUCCAGGCCGGUGGCUUCUUUGCUGCCAUCUACUACAUCCCCAUCUACUUCCAGUCCGUCCACGGCACCAACCCGACCAUGAGCGGCGUCCGCAACCUGCCCUUCAUCAUUGCCGUCUCCUUUUCCACCGUUGCAAGUGGCAUGCUUGUCAGUGCUACCGGAUGGUACCAGCCUCUUCUGCUCGGCGGAACAUCCGUCGCCACCAUCGGAGCCGGUCUCUUGUAUACGCUGGGCAGACACACAUCAACUGGCAAAUGGAUUGGGUACCAGAUCGUCGCGGGAGCUGGCUGGGGCACCGCCUUUCAGAUCCCCAUGAUUGCUGUGCAGGCCUUGUCCGACCCCAAGGACCUCGCCUCUGCCACCGGCAUGCUUCUCUUCUUCCAGGGUCUGGGCGGAGCUUUCCUCGUGUCUGGAGCCCAGUCAGCCUUCAUCAACACCAUGGUCAAGAACGUUCUCCAGCACGCCCCCCAGGUCAGCGAGGCGAUGCUCGUCUUGACUGGCGCAACUGAGAUCCGCAACAAGUUCCCCGUGGACCAGCAGCCAUUUGUCAUUGACGGUUACAUGGCCGGCCUCAGGGUUGUGUUUGCCAUGUGCGUGGCUUGCACAGGAUUGGCCACUUUGAUCGGCCUCGGAAUGCGGUGGCAGAGGCUCAACCCGGACGCCCUCAAGAACGCCGGAGGAGCGGCAUAG